CGUAGUUUGGCGCAGAGGCAUGCCUGCAGUGACGUUCGCGGCCGAGUCAUGACUAGGCGAGCGGUCAGUGUUGAAUACUGUAUACACCGGCUGGCCGGCAGGGUGUGCCUAGAACGCAGCAGACAGCGAACUCUUUACGGGCUGCUCACCAGCCAUCUGUUCACACACGGCCAUUUGUGCAUAUGGCGACAAGACCAGAUGAGAUGCGACUCUUUCGACCAGCGGUGGUCGGAAGGCAUGGACUCGUUCCUUCAGAUCCUCUUCCUGCCAUGUCACUCUCCUCCCCCAUGCGUGCGUGAGUGCGUGCCUGCAAAGACCCGAGCUAUGGAACCCGGACGUGCGUACAUGUACAGGUUUCUGUUUGUAUUCGCCGAAUGUCCACGAUCCCUACCAAACCUCGCUGGCGAUGGCGUUUGCGCAAUCAUGGGCCAAUUUACCCCUAUCUACUCGGUCCCACGAACCCACGCAAAAGCAACAACACGAACAACUAACUCCAUGACGGCCCACAAAAGAUGCAUCCCAUCCUACUAACACCCCCCACCGACAAGCCACCUGCACCGACCUCCCCAGGCAACAAGCUCAGAUCUUCCAUCGAUCAUAUCAGCCCUGCGUACAUGGUAUAACGGCUCCCUUGUAGUUCACGCACGCUAGUCAACCUUCCCCCAACCACACACACCCCAGCCCUACCACACCCAUCCACUUCGCCGGCGCGUCAUCCCCAAAUCCAGAUCCCAAAUUCAUGCGUCACUGUCCCAGCCCUCAGGCCUACCUACACACGCUUCUCCUUUGCCCUCCCCUUUCUUUCUUCUGUUCGCCAUCCACAGGGAAUCGUGUUGCGUGUCGUGUCGUGUUCGUGCUUCCGCUCCCGGUCCCGGUAA